GCGAGCGCGACCGAACGGCUCGAGGCCGCUGCUGGAAACCUGUUGCCAAGGAAACCGUAAGGGGCGGGAAAAUCACCUCAAGAAAAGUGACCACAACCUGGCCAGGUAUUCUUGGAACAUCUCCGCAGCUGUUAACAGCCAUGUCGUCUCCAGCGCUGAUGAACCUUCUUCGAUGCGGUCGCGCCUCCGUCGCCAGACAAACGUUCUUAGCUGUGCUAUCGUCACAGGAAGCCUCCAUGCCGUCUGGACAGGUGGGCGGGGCCUUGUUAGGGAUGGCGGGUGUGCGACGGGCCAGCGGGUCGGUCCGGUUUGACGGCAACAGCAGCGGACAACCAGUAGCCUGGGACUCAUUUGGGAUUUGGGACAACCGGAUAGAAGAACCAGUGUUGCUGCCGUCCAGUAUCAAAUAUGGAAAACCCAUUCCACAGGUCAGUCUGUCUCGGGUCGGCAGCGCAUCGGUUUUGGGUCUCAGGAAGCAGAACGAGGACCGUCUCCGUAUCGCCCGUAUCCACGACAACCUGCUCUACUUCGCCGUGUUCGACGGCCACGGAGGCCCGCACGCUGCCGACUACUGCUACACGUUCAUGGAGAAAUUCAUCAGAGACGCUCUGGAGGAGGAGAGCGACCUGGAACAAGUUUUAGCGAAAGCCUUUUUGGAUGUGGACGAGGCUCUGCACACUCACCUGAGCUACUUCAACAACGCCUCCUUUCUGACAGCGGGAACCACGGCGACGGUUGCUCUGUUACGUGACGGCGUGGAGCUGGUGGUCGGCAGCGUCGGCGACAGUCGGGCGCUGCUGUGCAGGAAAGGACAGGCCGCCAAGCUGACGAAAGACCACACACCGGACCGCGAAGACGAGAGACAACGGAUCCAGAGGUUUGGGGGCUUCUUGUCGUGGAACAGUGUCGGUCAGGCAAACGUUAACGGGCGGCUCGCCAUGACGCGCAGCAUCGGAGACUUCCACCUCAAACCAAGUGGCGUCAUCGCAGAGCCGGAAACGAAACGAGUCACCGUCCAACACGCCAACGACUCCUUCCUGGCUUUGACCUCGGACGGGAUCAACUUCCUGCUGAACGACCAAGAGAUCUGUGAUGUCAUCAACCAGUGCCAUGACCCCACCGAGGCUGCAGAGGUCAUCUCUGAGCAG